AUGGUGGAGGAGAUCCGAGAGUAUGUAAAGAACUGUAGCCAGUGCCAGAGAAUGAACUCAGCAUUUGUAAAGACAAAUGCCAAACUCCAUCCGAUAUCUGUACAACCCAAAGUCUGGCAUCAGGUUGGCAUAGACUUGAUAGGACCUUUGCCGAUUACACCCAAUGGCAGCAAAUAUGUGGUAACAUUGGUCGAUUAUUUUAGCAAAUGGGCUGAAGCAGCCCCACUCCCUGACAAAACUGCAUUUGGAGUGGCAAUGUUCCUGUACAACUUGUUUUGUCGGUUUGGGUUUUGUGAGGUGCUGAUAUCGGACCAAGGCCGUGAGUUUGUUAAUCAGGUCAACACAGAGCUUUUUCGAUUCACUGGAACAGAGCACAGGGUCACUUCAGCUUACCACCCACAAACCAACGGGCUAACUGAACGUUUCAAUCAAACACUUCAAACAGCACUACUCAAAUAUGUGAAUGACUCACAGACCGACUGGGACUACCACUUGCCCGCUAUUCUCUUUGCUUAUAGGACGAGUAAGCAAAAGGCAACAAAGUAUUCACCUUUCGAGUUGAUGUUCUGUCGGAAACCUGUACUCCCUAUUCAACUGGAGUUAGGCAGCGAGGGUGAACUUGAGCAGAGCUGGGACAUUAGUGCCAUUAUGACCCAUGCUCGAGCUGUUACAAAGUUAAAGGAUGAUAUCCACAGCAAAGCCAAGAAGAACAUUGACAAUGCCCAAGAAAAGGACAAGAUGUACUAUGAUCGGAAGCAUGCAGACAAGAGGCCAGCUAGGGAAUGUAAGAAGGGAGACAAGCUGAAGCCUCGGUGGUUAGGCCCAUAUACGGUGGUGGAGUGCUUGGACAAGGGAGUCUUUAAGAUUGCCAACCCUAAGACUGGAAAGACCUUAAAAAAGGCUGUUAACCAACAGCGGUUAAAGCAUUCCCAUGGCUCAGACUCCGAAAAACCUCUCUUGGAUCAACAUAGUUCUCUCUCGGAUCCUUCCGAAUUAUCAGACAACCAUCACGAUGAAUCUCUCGAUCAGUUUAACCCUUCUUUGACGAGUACUCCUGUGAAAGACCCAAGCAAGAAGCUGUGGGAAAAAAAUUGUGAUUUUCCCUCUUCUCACAAGCCAGACGCCCCCUCCUCUCACAAGCCAGCCGCUCCCUCCUCUCACAAGCCAGACGCUCCCUUCUCUCACAAGCCAGCCGCUCCCUCCUCUCACAAGCCAGACGUCCCCUCCUCUCACAAGCCAGCCGCUCCCUCCUCUCACAAGCCAGACGUCCCCUCCUCUCACAAGCCAGAUGCUCACUCCUCUCACAAGCCAGCCGCUCCCUCCUCUCACAAGCCAGACGCCCCCUCCUCUCACAAGCCAGCCGCUCCCUCCUCUCACAAGCCAGACGUCCCCUCCUCUCACAAGCCAGCCGCUCCCUCCUCUCACAAGCCAGACGUCCCCUCCUCUCACAAGCCAGAUGCUCACUCCUCUCGCAAGCGAGACGCCCCCUUCUCUCAGGUUAAGACUGCAUCCUCUAUGGAGCCACCUUUGAAGAAGCAAAGGACUACUCAGUCUGUAACAAGAAAGAAUUCAAGCUACUGGGUGAAGGAUUUGGACCUGAGGACGGGAGACAAGGAUGUAGUUCUUGCUGAGAGCGGGAUGCUUUCUGACCGUCAUAUGUAUGCUGCGCACAAACUGAUGAGAAUGCAAUUUCCAAAUAUUGAAGGCUGCUAUUCUACUCUUCUGGUUCAGAAGAUGUCUUUUCCUGCAGUCACUAGUAGUGAAGCCACAGCCGUGCAGAUAUUCUUUGUAACAGAGAGGCAUCACUGGAUUGCGACAGCACUCAUCAAGGGGGAACUUUUCCUCUUUGAUAGCUGCUUCCAAUAUGGGAAAGACCUGGAGCCAAGUGCUGAGCUGCAAAUUGCACAGAUGUAUAAGCCUUUAAUAGCGCACAAUGGGCUGUUACUAUCUGUGGCCUCCAUUCAACAGCAGAGCAGUGGCAGUAACAACUGUGGUUUGUUUGCAAUUGCCGCUGCAUACCACGCAUUGCAAGGAGACAAUCUGGAUACCAUCACCCUAAAUGAAGACAAAAUGAGGCCACAUCUUGUGCGUUGCUUUGAAAAUGAGAAACUCAGAAGAUUUCCAAAGUCAAAAGAUAUUAGUAGCCGCAAGAGACCAGAAAGAUUUUCCAGCAUAGUAAUUACGAUAUACUGCCCUUGUCUCCGUCCUGACUGUUAUGAUGAAAUGGUCCAGUGCGAUACGUGUAAUGUGUGGUAUCAUUAUAAAUGUGUUCGUAUUAAAGUAUCUCCACUUGGAGAUUGGUUUUGUCCUACUUGUAGAUCUAGAUAGAAUUUUUUUAGCAUUUCGUUAUCUUCCACUAGCUGUUUUUGUUUAUACACUGUUAAUUUGCACUGUUGUUUUGUUUGUUUUUCAUGCACUGUAGAUCUAUUUGUUAUUUUGAUGGAUGUUGUUGUAUUAUAAGUUUUGCUUUACAGUGACCGUGAGACGUGUGAAAA